GAUUAAUAAUAAAAGCUAUAUUUUUUAUUUUUUCUAAAAAAAUGUUAAGUUUUAGUUUAAAAAGAUGUUUUUUCUGUUCUAGAAAUAUUAAAUCAACUUCUUCUGGGAAUAAAAUAAGAAAUACAAGCCCGGGAUCCUAUAAUUAUGUUCCUGGUAUUAAGGGAUAUGCACCAGAUAUAUAUCCUCCAAGAAAAAUUAGCUUUGAAUCUGAAAAAAAGCUAAAAUAUCCUGAUUUACAUAAAACAGUUGCUGAACCAAGAUCAAAAGAUGAAAAAAAUACAUGGAGAUCUAAGAUGAAGGAGUUAAGACGUAAAUAUUUAACAGAAUAUGUUGUAGAACAAAAAAAAAAGGAUUUAGAGAAAAUACAGGAAAAAGAAAAGAUAAAUGAGAUGAUUAAGACAAAGGAAUUAACACUUUGUGCAGAAAGACAUCAUAAAUAUUCUAUACCAACGAUUAAAUUAUUAAUUGAGAAUGAAUAUCCAAUUUCUGAUUCAAAUAAGAUGAAACGAAUGAAACAAAAAAGAAAAAAUUAUGAAAUAACAAAAAAUAAAGAUAAAGAAGAACGAUUACGUCAUUUUCUUACUUUAUAUUCAUAUUCUGAGAACUUUAUUGCUUCUAUGGAGGAAUUGGAUGAUGCUGUUAAUAAAUCUUUUCAAGAGAUUCCUACUGGGUCACCUCCAAGCUAUAAUAUUCAGUUUUUAUAUGAUGAAAAAGAAGAUUCAUUUUUGAAGGACAAGGAUCCAGUGCAUCCGGAGAUUUUUGAUGCGCUUUUAGGAACUGUUGAUGGUGGUAAAUUAGGACCUGAUGAACUUAUAAAACUUGAUAAAAUACGAGAUGAGAAAAAAUUAAACAUUGAAAAUUAAUAUAACAUUAAAUAUCUAUACCAACACUUGUUUAUAUCUUGAAUUU